CGCCGGGAUUGAUCGCGGGACAGCUGGUCUGUUCGAGUACGCCGCUUGUUUUUCCAUCCACCUGGCGUGGGAUCUAUUCUUAUUGUCAUUCAUUUUGGUGCUGCGCCUCGUCGACGUCAUGGGGCCGCACAAUCUCUUGGUCGUUGUCCUCUUGGGCUUAUUAUCUCUUGUCUCGGCAUUCACCGGGGAUGUUGAGAAGCGGUCUUUCAAAGUUUCACAAGUGCGCAAUGCCAAUUUCGUCGGCCGCAACGGACCAAAGGAGCUUGCCAAAGCGUAUCGGAAGUAUCGGGUGCCCGUUCCAGACAAUCUCGCCAAAGCCGCUGCGUUUCAGGAGGCAAGACUGAAGAAAAGAAGUCUCGAGCUGCAAAAGAGAAGAGUCGAAUACCUAGCACCGACAAGCAAAGCCUCCCCGUUUCGGCCGGUCCGCGGCAGCAGCGCUGCUCGCCGAAGUGUAGCUGGACUUGUUGGCUGGGGUAGCAGCACAUUUGGGCGCGUAUCUGUACCCGUGGCCAACGAAGGCGACCGCACCGUGUGGUCUCGCCAGCAGAAACAGCGCAACCAGACGGGUCAAGUCGUGGCGGCUCCGGAGAGGAAUGACGUUGAAUACUUGUCCAAGGUGCGGAUCGGCGGCCAGGAGGUGACUCUCGACUUUGACUCGGGCUCCUCUGAUCUCUGGGUCAAAAGCGUCAACCCGAGCGACACGGAUCCCAACAGCCGCGCAUCGUUCGACCCCAGAAAGAGCAAGACGUUCAAGAUUCAACAAGGGCAAAACUUUACCAUAAGCUACGGAGACGGGUCGGGCGCUCGGGGACUUGUCGGGACCGAUGUCGUCGAGAUAGGCGGCGUCAAGGUAGAGAACCAAGCGGUCGAGCUCGCGACGGAGAUUACGCAACAGUUUGUAGACGAUGUCAACACCGAUGGGCUCCUCGGGCUCGCCUUUUCUCAACUCAACGCGGUAAAGCCACAAAAGCAAAAGACCUUUUUUGACAACGUUGCAUCCAGCCUCGAAGCGCCGGUCAUCUUCGUUGACCUCAAGAAGGGGCAAAAUGGAUCUUACACGUUUGGAAAAAUUGACAAUUCUGUGGUGGAUGGCCAAAUGACCUAUGUGCCCUGCAACACUACAAAGGGGUUUUGGGCUGUGAAAAGCGACUCCUUUUCCGUGGGCAACGGGCCGCGACAAAACGCGGCGCCCGGGACACACGCCGUCGUCGACACAGGAACGACCAUCACCCUCUCAGCCCCCGAGGUCGCCGAGGCUUAUUACAAGCAGGUCCGAGGUGCCCAGUUCAACCAGCAGCAGGGAGGAUUCACCUUUCCGUGCAAUUCCACGCUUCCCGAGCUCCAUUUGGACAUUAACGGCUUGUACAAUGCGACGGUGAAGGGGGAGAAUAUGAACCUUGGAGACGUGGGAGACGGAAGUAAGUCCCCAGCCGGAUUAAAGAGCGGGCUGCUGAUUUGAUGCCAUUCACUAACCCAUCGAUUGCGCAGCCUGCUUUGGUGGGAUUCAGGCCAUUCCCCAAGGGAGUGGGCUUGCGGCUACGUCCAUCUACGGAGAUAACUUCUUCAAGAGCAACGCUGUGGUGUUUGAUCUGGGGAACAACACGGUGGGGUUUGCGCCAAAGAGACAGUAGGAAUUGCUUGGCAGGCAAACCUGGGCAAGAGUCACGGCGGGCCUGGUGGGGGUGGGUGCCGAGGUCUCACUAGACAAGGUGGACGGGCCACUCGCGACGCCGUGGGGAACCCGCUGCUGCAUCAACGGAGUAAAUCAGUAACCGCAUCUGCGCCUCAAAUCUAGAGUUUUGAUACUAGUAGUACUAAGAGAUUCUCCAU